AUGUCGUCGCCGUUACCAGAUUUCUAUUCGUCCCAAUUCUCCAUUACCUCGCCGCGUCGCAUCCCCAAAUCGAACUUUACCUAUAAACAACUACACCAACUCAAGUCCUACAGCCCACAAACACCUCUUCGGGUAAUCGCACAUGUCGAUCUCGACGCUUUUUACGCCCAGUGCGAAACCGUUCGUCUGGGUAUCGAUUCCUCUAAGCCCCUCGCUGUGCAACAAUGGCAGGGCCUCAUAGCAAUCAACUACCCCGCGCGCGAAUUCGGACUAAGUCGACACGUUACAUCCACCGAGGCGCUGAAGCAAUGCCCCGACCUCAUACUACAACAUGUUGCGACGUGGAAAGAAGGCGACGAGAACUGGGCGUACCAUGAAAACAGUUUCCGAGACAUGGCGACGCACAAAGUCAGCCUGGACCCAUAUCGCAAAGAGAGCCGCAAGAUUUUGAAGUGCAUUAAAGACAUCUUACCAGAGAAGGAACAGCGUGUGGAGAAGGCGAGCAUUGACGAAGUCUUCAUGGACUUGAGCGCGCAGGUACAUACUAUCCUUUUGGAGAGAUACCCCGAGUUGAGAGGGCCGGCACCGUACGACGAUCCGACAGAGCCACUGCCAAAGGUCCCAACAACGGUACUAGACUGGGCCGCGGAUGCGCUUGUGGGGACAGGUGAGGAAGAUGGAGAGGAUAGAGACCCGGAUUGGGAUGAUGUGUGCAUGGUAAUUGCAUCCGAAAUUGUUCGGGACGUCAGGAAACAUAUUAAAGAGACACUUGGAUACACAUGUUCUGGCGGCGUGGCCAGAAACAAGAUGCUCGCAAAGUUGGGCUCAGGAUACAAGAAGCCGAACCAACAAACCGUCAUCCGGAAUCGCGCAGUCAAGCAUUUCCUAUCAGACAUGAAGUUUACCAAGAUUCGAAUGCUCGGAGGAAAACUAGGAGAUGAGAUUGUUUCCACCUUUGGCACAGACAAGGUUAAAGAUCUCAUGGAGCAACCAUUGGAUCAAUUGAAAAAGUUGGGUGACGACACAGGCAGUUGGUUGUACUCAAUCAUCCGCGGCGAGGACAACAGCGAAGUCAAUCCACGUACACAGAUCAAAAGUAUGCUUUCGGCAAAGUCUUUUCGACCAUCAAUCAACUCUUUUGAGCAAGGUGUCCGAUGGCUGCGUAUCUUUGUUGCAGACAUUUUCUCAAGAUGUGUGGAGGAAGGCGUACUAGAGAACAAGCGACGACCUAAGAGUAUCAAUCUCCACCAUCGACAAGGCACUCAAACUCGAAGUCGCCAAGCACCGAUUCCUCAGGGCAAGCCUUUGUCCGAAGCAAUCCUAUUUGACCUUGCAAAGAAUCUACUAGCACAAACCGUUGUUGACGGGCGCGCCUGGCCUUGUUCGAACCUAUCACUGAGCGUCGGUGGUUUUGAAGACGGCAUUACAAACAACAAAGGCAUUGGCGGCUUCUUGGUACGAGGCGAGGAAGCAAAAGCCAUGAUGUCUACAGGCAGAGCCAUGAGCAAUAGCAGUGAGCCACCCGCAAAGCGAAGACGAACAAAAGGCAACAUUGCAAAUUUCUUUGGUCCGCGAGACGACAAGAAGAAAGACUUUGACGCGGCAAGAGCAGUGCUUUUGAAAGCACAUACCGAGUCCACGAAGGAGGAGUCAGAAGAGGAUGAGGAUGCGUUGUUUGCUGGCGACGGCGAUGAAUUCGAAAGACCAUCCACACCUCCUCUAAACCGACAUAACUCGCAUGGGGAUAUCCACCCUCCUAAUACUCCUCCAUCAGCCCAACUGCAGUCAGUCUCGACUUCUCCACCUCCACAUACCCGUGAUGAAACACAAACAUCAGCUCCACGCCCAAAAGCACCUGCCCAGCAGAAAACCAUAGACACAUUUUUCUGUCCCAGGUGUAACAUCCAUCUGCCGGUUGACGAAAAAGCCGAGCAUGAAGAUUACCACUUUGCACUCGACCUAUCACGUGAAAUGCGGCAAGAAGACCGCACAUUAGCAACGACACCUUCUGUAUCCACGAGUGCAAAAAGAGGCGCAAGUGCGUCAAAACCGUCACGAGGACGUGGGAGACCCCCCGGCGGCGGCGGUGUAGAAAAAGGACAAGCCAAGUUAGCUUUUGGCAAGAGUACAUGA